AUUCCCAUUGCGGUACCAACCAAAUUCAACUGCAAUCGCGUUCAAGCGGAGCUACCAAACGAGUGCCAGGAAACUUUGACCAUAAAUGAUCUGCGUAACUAAUAAAACGCGAGUAGCUCAACCUAAUACCUACUCCCAUUCAAUACUCAUACGACAACACAAUAGUAAAAACGACAGAUAAAAAUGGGGACCCCGCUUUGACAGCUUUGGAGUUGUUAGUUGGCUUGGUUGCUGCAUGCACUUUAUUCCCUCUCACUCAUCUACCACAAAAACAAAACCAGCAGAAAAUCUCCUUCCAUUGGCGAUCGAUUGGUUUUGGUGGCAUCCAUGACGACGUCGUCUAGUUCGAAUUCCCAACCCGCCGCAUCUGCAUGGGCUUCUCUUCCGUGGAAGACCCGCCUGUCGAUAUCGGUUCUGUCAAAACUAACGGACCAUGCUCGCCGCGCUGACGGCACCAUCAACCGCCGUCUCCUCAGCUUCAUCGACUUCAAGUCCUCAGCCACCCCUACUGCUCCAGUCAAAGGCGUCACCACCUCUGACGUCACUGUGGAUUCCACUCGCCACCUCUGGUUCCGUCUCUUCGUCCCCGAUACGACGUCGUCUCCCUCCUCCUCCUCCUUCCUGCCUGUCGUCGUUUUCUUCCACGGUGGUGGCUUCAGCUACCUCAGCCCGGCCUCAUUCGCGUACGACACCGUUGCGCGGAAAUUCGCCCGCAAAAUCCCCGCCGUCGUCGUCAACAUCAACUACCGCCUCUGCCCCGAGCAUCCCUACCCUUGCGACGGAUUCGACGUCCUCACCUUCCUCGACCAAAACGACGACGUACUCCCCAAAAACGCAGACAGAUCCCGGUGCUUCUUAGCCGGGGACAGCGCCGGAGCCAACGUGGCCCACCACGUGGCGGUUCGGGCCGCUCGCGAGAAGGACAGGUUUCGGGUAGUGAAACCGGUUGGGUUGAUCUCGAUACAACCAUUUUUCGGAGGAGAGGGCCGGGUCGAGUCGGAGAUCCGACUCCACGGAGCGCCUCUGGUGUCGAUAACCCGAACCGACUGGAUUUGGAAGGCGUUUUUGCCGGACGGGUCGAAUCGGGACCACGAAGCUGCGAACGUGACUGGGCCCAACGCGGUGGACAUAUCGGGUCUGGAUUAUCCGAGCACGCUUGUGUUCGUCGGGGGAUUCGACCCGCUGCUGGACUGGCAGAAGAGGUACUAUCAGUGGUUGAAGAAAUCCGGGAAAGAGGCUAAGCUAAUCGAGUAUCCAAACAGUGUCCAUGCCUUCUAUGUGUUUCCGGAAUUGCCAGAAUCCAACCAGCUCCUUUCCCAAGUCAAAGAUUUUGUUGCUUCUGUGUGAAUUAGUACUUACUUUUUAAGGCAAUAUUGUAGCGAUAUUUCUCAAAUAAGACCCGACUUUACUUUUUGUCUU